AUGGAAUCCAAAGCCAAAGAAACACAGACUCAGCCACGAGAGACCAUCCGAGUGCUUUAUGACUACGAGCUCAAAGGCGCAUCUGGAAAGUCCAUCGUCGCUCUUGAGCUCGACUACUCCCCAAACGGCUUUACGCCUCCCCAUCGCCAUGGUGGGGCUACAGUUAUGGCUCCUGUAACCGAGGGACACAUCUUGAGUGGCAUGAAUGGCAAUCCACCCAAGGUGUACGAGGUCGGAGAAAGCUUCAUCGAGCAGCCUGGUUGCCGCCACACGGUCGGAGAGAACAACAGUCAACACAAGAGGGCCAAGGCGAUUGCUGUGUUUUUCGUCGACACUGAAGUCGUGGGGCAGGGAUAUGAGGGACUAACUGUCCUGGAUGAGGGAUGGUGA